AUGAGUGUCGCUACUGCUACAGCUACAGCAUCGGAGAUCAUCUCUACAGUGACAGGGGGUCCUACUGAAUUGAAAGUGCACCCAUUGCCAGGAGCUCCAUUGGGUGCAGUGAUUGAACUGCCAGAAGGUGUUAAAGAUCCGUCGAAAUUGGGCGACAAAGAUUUCGAAACGUUGAAAAAGGCGCUUCAGACUUAUUUGGUAGUGGUUAUUAAGGACCAGGCUGAGCUGGCUCCGGAGUCUCAGUAUGAACUGACCAAACGGUUUGAUCCCACUUGUGCAGGCAAUUAUGGCCAUUCCAAAGAGUUCAGGAAUGAGAAGAGUGUUCUUCGCAAAGAUGGAGUUUCAGUUCCUACAGUACCACAAGUCCAGAUCCUUGGUCAGGGAGAAAUGACUAACCAUUGUGGAUUGGAUAAGUUCACAUUGACCCAUCCUACACAUAAUACAUUCCACAAGAACGUUCUAUCGAAAGAAGAACAGGAUGCUGGAUACACCAGAUACUACCGAUGGCAUAUUGACGCCGCUUUAUACGGAUUGUCACCUCCAGUGGCUACUACAUUGCUAGGAAUCCACGUUCCACCAGCCACUAAACGACAGAGAAUCCGAUAUGAAGACACUGGCGAGGAGUUCGAAGUGAGCCAGGCUGCUACCGCGUUUGUUUCUGGAGCCAAUGCAUUUGAUCUGUUAUCAGAAGAAGAUAAGAAACUGGCUCUUGAGACCACAGUCGAGUAUCCACCGCAUCCAUUUAUUUAUAUUUCCGACGCACGAGCCACCUCGGACGGUCUUACAAUGGUCAGUGAAGGCAAAGAGCUGCCUUUUGAUCAACUUCCAGAAUGGGAGGAGUCGAAAAUCAAGAGGCUGCCUCUUGUCUGGACGAACCCAGUCACCGGCAAGCACCAUCUCCAAACCGCAGCCUGUGCUGCUGGAUCACUUGUGCGGUCCAACGGCGAACGACUGGGUCUGGAAGAGACUCGUAAAGAGCUCCAACGACUGAUGCGACCGGCCAUCUCGCCCAAACACGUAUACGCACACGAAUGGCAGCAGGGCGACCUCGUCAUCUUCUACAACCGCGGCGUCUGGCACUCAGUCACCGGCCAAUUCGCGCCCGGCGAGACCCGACUCAUGCACCAGUGCAACGUUUCCAGCGGCCUGGACCCCGUCUGUAACAAGUAA